AUGGGGAAAAUGUGUUCAUCAGACCCACUAGUGGUAGGGAGAGUGAUAGGAGAUGUGGUCGAUAGCUUCAACCCAAGUGUGAAGAUGGCUGUCUCUUACAGCUCCACAAAGCAGCAGCAGCAGCAGCAGGUCUUCAAUGGCCAUGAGCUCUUCCCUUCUGCUGUCACUCACAAGCCCAAGGUCGAGGUCCAUGGUGGUGACCUCAGGUCCUUCUUCACCCUGGUGAUGACAGACCCAGAUGUCCCUGGGCCAAGCGAUCCUUACCUGAGAGAGCACUUGCACUGGGUGGUGACUGAUAUCCCAGGCACAACAGAUGCAACAUUUGGAAGGGAAGUGGUGAGCUACGAGAUGCCGAGGCCAAGCAUAGGGAUCCACAGGUACGUGUUCCUGCUGUUCAAGCAGAAGAGAAGAAGAGGCCAAAACCCACCACCACUGCUUCUGAAUCCUUCUUCUUCUUCUUCUUCACCAUCAACAACAAUAUUAAGGGACAACUUUGAUAGCAGGAAGUUUGCAGUGGACAACCAACUCGGCCUCCCGGUGGCUGCCCUUUACUUCAAUGCCCAGAGGGAAACUGCUGCCAGGAGGCGCUAG